UUUUUCAGUCUCUCUUUUCCUCUCUUUCUUUUUCUUAAUUAGUAGGGAGACUAGAAAGGACCUGAAUAGAUCAGAUAUCUUUCCCCAAUCCCCCUUUCCAACUCCAUUUCUAUAUGAAAGUAUAGCCCCUGGAAUUGAGUUCUGGUUUCGCUUUGGGUUGGAGGUGGGUGAAUGGGAGUCAGGUAGAAAAUGAGGUUGGGGGGACUCCAGAGUUCUGUCCCACCGACCUGGGUCUAAGGACUAUUCGCCUUUCCUUUCCCGACACAGACCUCCACCCAUCCAGGCCCGGGACUACCCCUUCGCGGUGUAGCGGCAGCCGGAGACCUGGCUGGGGACCCAACUGCAUAGACACCUCCCUGCUUAGAAAACAAACACAGAACCAGACCGCUCUCAGUUGGAGGGUUCGAAAAUGUUCCAGGCAGCCUGUGGGGAGGGGUUGUUGUUGUUGUUGGACUAAAUAGCUAUUCCUGAUUGGUUAUGUAUAGGGUUUUUUAAGGAGGGGGGAGAGGGAAGGCUCCAAACACCUGCAGGUUGGGGGCGGAAAGCUGUUUGCGAUUCCCUGGACUGGUUGGUCGGGGACAGGAGGUAAUUCCCAGCCAUUGACCCCUAUUUCUUUCUCUCCCUCCCUCUUGCCCUGCCUCUUUCUCUCCACCCCUAUCUUUCCUGGAAACUCGCUUUGGGCGCGGCAGAUCGCCCAGGACCACACCGCAGCGUAACUGCAGGCCUCUCAGCGAAAAACGGGGAAAGCAAAGACUGGGGUCCGCAUCCUCCACCUCGGCUUCCGCCCCUCUCCGGCGGAGUGGAGAUCCUAUUCAGGGGGGCCAGUAUCUCUAAAUAUGCCCCAGGAUGACCGAGCGGCCGCCGAGCGAGGCGGCUCGCAGUGACCCCCAGCUAGAGGGACGGGACGCGGCCGAGGCCCGCAUGGCCCCCCCGCACCUGGUCCUGCUGAACGGCGUCGCCAAGGAGACAAGCCGCGCGGCCCCCGCGGAGCCCCCAGUCAUCGAGCUGGGCGCGCGCGGGGGCCCGGGGGGCUGCCCUGCCGGUGGGGGCGGCGCCGCCAGAGACUUAAAGGGCCGCGACGCGGCGGCGGCCGAAGCGCGCCAUCGGGUGCCCACCACCGAGCUGUGCAGACCUCCCGGGCCCGCCCCGGCCCCCGCGCCCGCCUCGGCCCCCGCGGAGCUGCCCGGCGACGGCCGCAUGGUGCAGCUGAGUCCUCCCGCGCUGGCCGCCCCAGCCGCUCCCGGCCGCGCGCUGCUCUACAGCCUCAGCCAGCCGCUGGCCUCGCUCGGCAGUGGGUUCUUUGGGGAGCCGGAUGCCUUUCCUAUGUUCACUACCAACAACCGAGUGAAGAGAAGACCUUCCCCCUAUGAGAUGGAGAUUACUGAUGGUCCCCACACCAAAGUUGUGCGGCGUAUCUUCACCAAUAGCCGGGAGCGAUGGCGGCAGCAGAAUGUGAAUGGGGCCUUUGCUGAGCUUCGCAAGCUGAUCCCCACACAUCCCCCGGACAAGAAGCUCAGCAAGAAUGAGAUCCUCCGCCUGGCCAUGAAGUACAUCAACUUCUUGGCCAAGCUGCUCAAUGACCAGGAAGAGGAAGGCACCCAGCGGGCCAAGCCUGGCAAGGACCCUGUGGUGGGGGCUGGUGGAGGUGGGGGUGGGGGAGGGGGCAGUGCGCCCCCGGAUGACCUCCUGCAGGAUGUGCUUUCCCCCAACUCCAGCUGUGGCAGCUCCCUGGAUGGGGCAGCCAGCCCGGACAGCUACACAGAGGAGCCGGCGCCUAAACACACGGCCCGCAGCCUCCAUCCUGCCAUGCUGCCUGCCGCCGAUGGAGCCGGCCCUCGGUGAUGGGUCUGGGCUACCAGGAUCAGCCAGGAGGGUGCCCUUAGGCUGCUGGGAUGGUGGGCUUCAGGGCAGAUAGGAUGAGAAUUGGGCAGCUCUGAAGCAAGGCAGUGGACUUGAUGAACUUUCCUGGAUGUCUGAAGUUUAGGAAGCCUUUACUGACCCUGGGGCUGGCUUUUCUGUUUCCUGUACCAGUAGGGAUCAGAAAAAUGGAGCAAAGUGGUAGGUACUUUUUGUGAAGACGGCACGGUCUUCCCCCUUCCCUCAGUCCCUAAUCCUUCCCAAGUAAGAGGCUGGCGUGUCACUGCUUUUGGCCUGGAGUUUCGGAGCCCUGUCUUUCCUGAGACCCGGAGUUGUCAGUUCUCAUCUGAGGCAUCCAACAGCCUCUGCCUUGCCUUUAACCCCUCCCAAACUGUCUGGGGUGGCCUGUGUGGCCACUUCUGUCCGUAUUUAUAGGUACCCAACAGCUGCCCAUUUCGUGAGCCCCAUCUUCACCCAGGCCUUUGUUGAUCCAUCCAGCUUGCCAGAUGCUGCAGAGUCACAAGCCUCGAGGUGCCUUCUUCAGGGCCUGGUUGAAGAAGAUGGUCAGUGGACAGUCUGCUCUAGAUGAGCUGGGCCAGAGGAGUAGGACACCCAGUCGCCCUUACUUGCCCUGGGGAUCAAAGUUUUGCUUUCUCCCCACUGAGACUUGCCUUCCUAAGCCUGUGGCUGUGGAAACUGCAUCUGCAGCCCGAGAGAGCGAAGGCAGAGAAAGGGACAAUGAUAUUAGAGUGAAAUGGAGUAAGAGAUAUUUUGGGCAUGUGGGCUUCAACUCCUCCACAUCACUGUUCAUGCUGGCGUGAACGCCAGUGUGCUGGUGGGCGUAUGCUGGUGCUGAGAGUAGAUGCGCAGCCCCAUCUGUGCAUUCUAGAUGCUUAGAGGGAUUUCUUUGCUGUAAGAUGUCUGUUUGCUGAUGGUCUGGUAUGUGUUCUGAAUUGAGCACAAACUCUAUCCUAUGAAUGCUUUGCAUUUGGAACUUUUGCUUGACUUCAGUUAUUGGUGGAAUUGUUAGUUCUCAAUAGUACGAGGAUCCAGCCUCACUUCUAGGGCAUGGGAAAUCCAAUCAGAGACCAGGCCCUGGCUAAGACCCAAACAUAUGCACAUUCACUUAGGAGAACCUUAAACACCCCUCAAUUGUGCAGCUUUUGGUCAUCAAGGGUGUGUCUGGGAGGUUGGUUUAAUGCAACAGAAGUGCUCCCCUCUGAAAGUUGUACAUGCAGUUUUUGUAAAUCACAUCCUCAUCCUUCAUCUUUUAAAGAAAUAACCGCUGCAAGUCCUUUUGUAAAGUGAAAAAUCCUUUUGUAGAGUGAAACACUGCCCCUUCAUUGACUUCCUGUGUCAAUCUAGAUGGUGGGAUGUGGCUUUCUUAAGGUGAGGCCUGUCUGUGACCUGCAUCUAAGCCCAUGGGACAAACUGCACAAAAGUCCUGUAUGUCUGUCAUUGUGCCCUUAAGUCACCCUCUCCAUCUAGGCUCUGCCUUUGCUGUCAGAGGGAAGAUAGCUUGUGACCCUGCGCUGUCGUGUAAGAACUCGUCACUCUCGUGUCUGGAAAGCCCACCUUAUAGUUUGGGCUUCAGCCCAGUGACUUGCCCUCACCAUAAUGGGGUCCCAGUUCAGUCAUGUACAGACAGAGAAUGUGUGUGCUCCCCUGCCCUUCCUUUUAAGGAAGGUCCAAUUCUUGAGCUUGGGGCAACGUGGUUCACCUUUGUAGCACUCUGACUCUCCAUCCAAUUUCAGACUCCCCAGAUCAUGUUUUGGUGAACAUUAGGGUUGGUUCCUUUCCAAUGUUUGGAAUAUCCUAUGACGGAGGAGUCCCAUCUGUCUAACGAUAAAGUCAUGCUGUAGGAUCCAAGGCUGUUUGCUUCACACUGGAUUCACUUGACUUGGGAAUGGGAAGUGGCCACAGUGUGGAUGGGUGGAUGGGUUUCAUGAGAUGGAUCACACAUUUUAUCAAGAACUCAAACUUCUGGCUCCCUCUUCUUUCAGACUUGCCAUGCGACUAUGGCUUGGCCUAUCUCUUAGGGCUAUGAUGUGGACUGAAGGGGGUCAUGAAAAGUAGACUGUUUUGAGAACAUAGAGAGCUCUGUUUCCCUCAAUCUCAAUCCUGUAGUGGGGUUUACAGCCUGAGUCCACGACCUAGGCAGUGGGCCAGUGUGCCUGACUGCCCCGCAUUUGGAUAAUUUAGAUUAUAAACCACUUUGGCCUAAGUUAUGGAGAUUGUCCUCAUUUCUCCAGAUUGUCUAUUUUUUUUUUUUUUUGAGGCAGUAUCUUGUUCUGUCACUCAGGCUGGAGUACAGUGGUGCCAUCAUUGCUCUCUGCAGCCUUGAACUCUGGGCUCAAGCAAUCCUUCCACCUUAGCCUCCUGAGUAGGGAGGACCACAGGUGUGAGCCACCACACCUGGUUAAUUUUUUGCUUUUUUUUUUUUUUUUUUGGUAGAGAUGGAGUCUCACUAUAUUGCCCAGGCUGGUCUUGAACUCCUGGCUUUAAACGAUGCUCCUGCCUUUGCCUCCAGAAGCACUGAGAUCACAGGUCUGAGCCAUUGCACCCAGCCCAGAUUGUCUUAGUUUCUGUCUUGUUCUAAGGCCAGGGACAGUAAAGAGAAUGGAAAAGGAGAUAUGGGAACACGGGCAGAUUGUGUAAAAUGUAAUGUGACUACCCAAAACAAGCCUGGUAGGAAAGGGCAAGGCUUUAGGUCUUUGUAAGAACUAAAGAAGAUCUGUAAUUUUUAUUUUCACCCUCUGUAUCCCAUGGCCUUAUCCUUCCUCUCCUUCCUUGUUACCCAUGAAAAAAUGGCAACAUUCCAAGAAUCGUAUCUGUACAAAGGGAAAAGAACAUAAAGGCAAAACAAAACAAAACACAACAUUUUGAGAACAAAGAUGACUGUAACUACUGGAGGGAGUCACAUCUUUUAAGACAAAUUCAUAUGCUUUUAUUUGUUACGGCAAAUGACAAGAUGGUACAACCUUUAUUCUUUUCCAAAAUAAAACAAAGGACACAGCAUCUAUAGUCAGCCGACAACUAUUUCGGCCUUUUGGGGGUGGGUCUGGCCGUACUUGUGAUUUUGAUGGUACGUGACCCUCUGCUGAAGACUUGCCCCCUGCCCAUGUACAUAGUGCAUUGUUUCUGUGGGCGGGCCCAGCACUUUCCGUCAAUGUUGUACUGUAUGUGAUGAAUUGCGUUGGUCUCUGCAUUUUCUGCAGAAGAGGAGUAACCGCUCCAGGUACCUUGACCUUUGUACAGCCCAGAGGCCAACACUGUGGGUGUGUGACUCUUUAGCAAAAAAACCCAUAUGGUGAUGAUGUGUGUAUAUAUAUAAGGAUAUAUUGGGAAGAUUUCUAAAUAAAAGUUUUACAAAGGGGC